GCUGCUGUUUUUCGCUUGAUACAAGUACUGUAACCGCACGCUCGACCUUCAUUCCCGGCCUGUUGAAGCAGGCCUUCUCAGGACACAGGCUCUUAUAGGCGACAGAGUUAUCGUGGAUAGGGGUUUCAAAACCAUUGCAGCGCCGUCGUACCUACCAAUUAGCUGCCACUCACAACGUACCCUUCCCAGGUCAUCGGAGGUGAUAUAUACCGGGAAACACCGCUACCGGGUAUCAACUAUAUUUAGGAGAAGCAAAAAAAAAAAAGGAAACUGAUUAGUUGACUGUUUUUCUUUUUUCUUUUUUCUUCUUAAUAGCACGCCAUUUCCUUCGGGUUCACCUAUCUUCGCCAACGGAUACUCUGAGACAUGGAGAGCAAUGGUUACUACGAGAUGGACGUAGCCGGAACAGCAAUGGGUUCCCCAGGACUGGCGACACCAUUUCAUAAGAGAGGGGAUUCAUAUCACCUAGAGAGUGCACAUCACAAGAAUCACGACUCGAAAUCUCCAGAUGAGCCGGCACGGGUGGAACAGCAGCAUAUCACCGCUGUAGCUCACGUUGGGUUUUCGGAUGCUCUGAUAGCACAGAAGCCGAGUCCCUGGACAAAGACUAUGUUCAAACUCUACUUCUUUCUCUUCGUUGCCUUUUUGAAUUCGUGCAUAAAUGGAUACGACGGAUCGUUGAUGGGAGGAAUCAACGCCAUGAAAUAUUACCAGAGGUUGGUCCAUUUUUCUCCUCAAUACAGUCUCCUCAUCACCCAUUCUCAUUACGUUUCCCCCUUCUUCUUUCCAUCUCUAGAUCUCACGCGGCUAAUACCCAAGAAUUUUAAUACAGGUACUUUGGCAUGAAAACGGUUGGGUCGGAGACGGGGUUUGUUUUCUCUGUUUAUACAAUUGGGAAUAUCGCUGGGUCCUUCUUUUGUGGUCCGUUUACCGAUUGGUGGGGGCGGAGGUGGGGAAUGUUUAUUGGCGCGGGUAUUAUAAUCGCGGGUUCCUGCGUGCAGGCUCCUUCAACUUCCCACCUUGCGUUCACUGGGGGAAGGUUCAUUCUCGGGUUCGGCGUUGCUACUUGCGCAACUGCCGGGCCUUCGUACGUUGCAGAGAUGGCCCACCCGGCCUGGAGAGGGACGUUGACGGGUCUCUACAACACCUUUUGGUUUGUCGGAGGGGUGAGCUUGGAAUCCCUUAGCAUCCCCACCUGCAGCGGUUUGAUUGAUAUCGGGAUGCAAUGCUGAUACGGUACAGAUUCCUGCAACUUGGACUCUCUACGGAACUCAACAUAUCGAAUCCGACCUCUCAUGGCGUUUACCCCUCUGGUUUCAGUCUAUCGCGGCUGGCUUGGUAGUUUUAGGCUGCCUCUUUUGCCCGGAAACCCCGCGAUGGGUAAGUCGCAUCCCGAUUAUCUUCUCUCCUUCAAAUUCUGGGAAAGAAAGGUAAUUGACGUUUGCGAAAGCUCGUCUCGAACGACCGCCACGAGGAGGCAAUACGAGUGAUGGCCCGGUAUCAUGGGGAGGGAGACCGGAACUCUCCAAUUGUGCUCCUAACAUACAGAGAAAUGAUCGAGGAGAUCGCAACCGAAGGUUCAGACAAGCGAUGGUGGGAUUACAGGGAUCUUUUCAACUCCAAACCGGCGUGGUGGAGACUUUCCUGUGUCCUUGGGAUGGCCUUCUUCAGCCAGGUAUGUGCCAGUUAUUCUCCCCGCCCCCACAGAAUACUGCGAAAACAGAGGACUGAUCAACUGGCCUUAAAAAACCUAGUGGUCCGGCAACGGUGCGGUUUCAUAUUUCAUGCCCGUCCUCCUCGAUCAAAUCGGGGUCAAGGACGGGCGUACGCAACUGCUUUACAACGCCAUCCUGAACGUGAUCUCCUUCGUGAUGGCCACGAUCGGGGCCCGCUUCGUAGACCGACUGGGCCGGCGAGCAGUCCUGCUGGUCGGCACAUCCCUGUUUGUGGUGUGGUGGUCUGUCAUCACCACGCUGACCGCGCUGUACGGGGAUGAGGAGAACGAUAACACGUACGGCUCCCGCUCCGCCAUCGCUUUCAUCUACAUCUUUGGCAUUACGUACUCCUUCUCCUACACCCCGCUGCAGGCACUUUACCCCGUCGAGUGUCUGUCCUACGAGACACGCGCCAAGGGCAUGGGCAUGUACAAUCUGUUUGUGAACAUCGCGGUAUUCUUCAAUACUUAUGCCAUCCCGACGGUUUGGGAGAGAAUUAAGUGGAGGUUUUACUUUGUAUAUAUCGCUUGGGACGUGUUUGAGGUUGUGUUUAUGUACUUCUUGUGAGUCACUUCCUCAUCACCCGCCCCCCCUCCCUUCUUCCCUGGCUGGGAUGGAGAGAAAUAAUUGCUGACGGUCUACGGUACUAGCUUCGUCGAAACGAAGGGAAGAACCCUGGAAGAAAUCAACGAAAUCUUCGAAGCACCAUACCCGAAGCGAAAGUCUUUGCAAAAGCACAUUGUGGUCAUCACGGAUGGAGGUAUCCUGGAUAAAGGACUGGAUGAGCAAUACUAGCUUGCAUGGUUUUAAACCUGGUCUUUUUUUUUAGGGAAUUAUUGAAAUUUAUGUGGCGUUAGUUGAUUUUCUCUCCACGGGCUCUUGUCUUCUCUCGUUUAGUGUCCCCGCUCUACCGCGCUUGUACUCUAACUAUAUCGUGCUCCUCCCUCCCCUCCUUCACCUCGAGUUGCUGAUAUAUUUCUCCACCGCUGUCUAUUUCACGAAGGCAUGUUUCUUUUUGCCCGAUAUCAUGGAGGGGAAAGGGUCUUAUGUGGUGGAAGGUGUGCUAAUUUAUAAUGACUUUAGGGGUUCUGUAUAUUUUAUUAUUAUUUCUUUUUUUCUUCCCGGGAAUGUGUCUCUCGGAAGCCCGUGUAGGGAAUGGAGUGGGAUGGGUGUAGGGAUAAUAAGAGGAAAAAACAAAGGGAAGAAAAGGGCCUGUACUGUACUGUACUCGUACAGUACUGUACGGUACUCAAAGAGGGCGCACAUGUAUUUAUGUCGGGUGUCUUUCUUACUUUUUUUCUUUUCUUUUUUCCCCCUCGCUGCUCAACGAUUGGAGGAUUUGUGAAACGGAUACCGUACUACACCAGGUUCGGGUGUGGGUAAAUAUACAGGGACAUAUUACGAGAACCUUCUCCACUGAUCUGGACCUCUUCUAGCAUGAGGCACUUGUAGUGGGAACACAUUUCCCUUCUUUCCAUUGCUGGGGUACCCCAUCGGCAUGGCCCAAACAGCACCACCAUGCGAAUCC